AUGCCUACUUACCCCGAUGUCAAGAAUCUUGUCGAGCGGAAUCGAGCCCAAGCCACAAACUUCUCCCCAAAACCGUUUUUGAGUGAGCUCAAGGCUGCUGCAGUUACCUCGCCGUCGGUUGUAGUCGUUACUUGCUGUGAUAUCCGAGUAAAUCCGUAUGAGUUCUUAGACCUCAAGAUUACGGACGUUUUCCACCUUCGAAACACCGGUGGCCGCGUCGGUCCGCUCAUCAAUGAUAUUGUUGCUCUUGACUAUGCCAUUGGCCUGACGGAAAUUAUGAUCAUACAUCAUUUGGAUUGUGGCACGACGUUUUACACCGACGAAGGGGUCCGCGAAGCCAUCAACGCGCGAGCCCCCGGAAACGUGGAUGAGAAAGACACAUUUCGAGCCAAGGGAGCCAACGCUGUACAAAGUGUUCGGGAGGAUGUUGAGGUUUUCAAGCGUUCCCUGCUUGUUCGACCUGAGCUGGCAGAGCAAACUUAUGGAUUCACUUUCGACUUGAAGUCAGGGUUGGUCACAGCUGUGUAA